AGCCUCAUUAAUAAACCACCGGGAUCUGUUUUAGUAACAAAACAAUCUCCUCCCUCUCCUAGUUACCUCCUUAAUAAAACCGGAGGGAGAGAAAAAAAAAAUACAAAAAAAGGAAAUAUAUAAAAACCAAAAAAAAAAAUAUUGAAAAAUGGCGGUUGGAAAAGUUGUGGUCUCUGUGGCAUCCAUCCUUCUGGUGGUGGGUGUUGCCAUAGGAGUUGUCACGUUUAUUAAUAAAGGCGGCAGCAAUGGCGACUCCAACGGUCCCAUAAACUCCCAUCAGAAAGCUGUUCAGACAAUUUGUCAGUCAACCACAGACCAAGGCUCUUGCGCAAAAACACUAGAGCCUGUCAAAAGUGAUGAUCCAAGUAAGCUCAUCAAAGCCUUCAUGAUGGCUACUAAAGAGGCUAUCACCAAGUCUUCAAACUUCACGGAUUCUACCGAAGGAGGCUUGGGGGCCAACAUCAGCCCGACGAACAAAGCCGUUCUUGAUUACUGCAAGAGAGUAUUGAUGUACGCUCUUGAGGAUCUUGAGACCAUUGUUGAAGAAAUGGGUGAAGAUCUACAACAGAGUGGAUCUAAGAUUGACCAGCUUAAACAGUGGUUAACCGGAGUUUUCAACUACCAAACUGAUUGUCUUGACGACAUCGAGGAAGCUGAUCUAAAGAAGAUCAUGGGUGAAGGAAUCGCUAACUCCAAGGUAUUGACCAGUAACGCUAUCGAUAUCUUCCAUUCUGUUGUUACCGCCAUGUCCCAAAUGGGUGUCAAACUCGACGAUAUGAAGAAUGUAACUGUUGGAGCCGGAACCGGAGCCGGAGCCGGCCCUGCACGUCGCCUUCUUGAGGACACCGACGAAAAGGGACUACCCAACUGGUUUGCUGAUAAAGACAGGAAGCUUAUGGCUAAUGCCGGACGUGGUGCUCCAGCCGGCGGUGCAGCUGGUGAUGAUGGUAUCGGUGAAGGCGGUGGUGGUGGCGGUAAGAUCAAGGCAACUCACGUAGUGGCCCAGGAUGGAAGUGGACAGUUCAAGACCAUUUCUGAGGCGGUUAACGCUUGCCCUGACAAAAACCCUGGAAGGUGCAUCAUCCAUAUCAAGGCUGGUACUUACAAUGAAAUGGUCAGGAUCCCUAAGAAGAAGAACAACAUUUUCAUGUUCGGUGAUGGUGCUACAAAAACCAUCAUUACCAACAACAAAAGUGUUAAGCUUAACCCAGGAAUGACUACUUCACUCAGUGCCACCGUUCAGGUUGAAUCUGAGGGAUUCAUGGCGAAAUGGAUCGGGUUUAAGAACACAGCCGGUCCAUUGGGACACCAAGCGGUCGCACUCCGUGUGAAUGGAGACCGUGCGGUCAUAUUCAACUGUAGAUUUGACGCUUACCAAGACACACUCUACGUCAACAACGGACGUCAGUUCUACAGGAACAUUGUUGUGUCCGGUACAGUGGAUUUCAUCUUCGGAAAAUCCGCAACUGUGAUCCAAAACUCUCUAAUCCUCGUCCGAAAGGGAACCCCCGGACAAUCCAACUACGUUACAGCCGACGGUAAUGAAAAGGGUGCAGCGGUUAAGAUCGGUAUCGUUCUCCACAACUGCCGUAUCAUGCCCGACAAGGAGCUCGAAGCUGAGAAGCUAACCAUCAAGUCUUACCUAGGACGUCCCUGGAAGAAGUUUGCCACGACUGUGAUUAUUGGAACUGAGAUGGGUGAUUUGAUCCAACCAGUAGGAUGGACCGAGUGGAAGGGAGAACAAAACCACUUGACUGCUAAAUACAUUGAGUUCAACAACCGUGGACCGGGAGCUAACCCUAGUCAGAGGCUUCCUUGGAUUAAGAUCGCUAAGAAUGCGGCUGAGGUUGAACAAUACACCGUGGCUAACUGGGUUGGUCCUGCUAAUUGGAUCCAAGAAGCCAACGUGCCCGUCCAGCUAGGAUUGUAAGAAAACAAAAACGGUAAAAAAAAAAUAUAUAAGUAAAGAAUAAAACAGUAUGUGAUAAUGUAAAGGUAACGAUACGACAUCGUCUACGGGGAUCAAGGCUCUUUUUGUGCUACUAUAUAUAUAAGAUAGGGUUCUAGACGUGUUGAGAUGAAGUUUGUAUUAAGAUUCCUUUUGUUUCACCUGCAAAAGAGAAACAACAAAGUUUGUUUCAUUUUUAA